AGGGUGCAAAAAUCAAACGAAUCCAACAGGGAGAUAGCAGGGACACUGGGAGUGGCUAAGUGAGCGGUUUGGUAUAUACUGAGGUCAAAAGAACGCACUGGACGUCUACAAUGGGAAACAGCGGUGGAUGAUAUCAGGACCCCUUUCCAUGGUCAAGAAAAAAAAAAUUAAAACAUCCAGCCAAGUGAAGACCAUUCUCAAAGGAGAUCAGCUGUUCAGGAAGCCAUCACCUAGCUAUGACUCACCGCCUGUUUGAAGGCAAGGAUCAUGCUGCUUCCUACUGGAAGUAUAGGGUCUCUCCAUCACAUAAUCUACUGCAGCAAGUGUUGGACUUCCUGGAAAAGAAGAAAGGUCGGCCCUUUGAGCUAGCUGUGGAUGUGGGUUGCGGAUCAGGGCAGGGCACGGUGGUGCUGGCCAAAUACUUUGCCUCUGUGGUGGGAACAGACGUGAGUCCUGCCCAGCUAGAGAUGGCUGUACAACAUGCUAAAGAGCCAAACAUCACAUACAAACAGUGUGUGGCAGAGGAGCUGCCGUUCGCUGACAGCUCAGUGGACCUGGUGACGGCCAUGUCUGCCUUCCACUGGUUUGACAGGCCGCGCUUUCUCCAGGAGGCCCACAGGGUCCUGAAGCCUCGUGGCUGCCUGGCUCUGCUCAACUACACCGUUGACAUGGAGCUCAGCUACCCAGACUGCUGCUCGCACACACUAAACCAAAUCUGCAAAGAGUUUUAUGCAGCCUUGCAACCGUACCGCAGUCCCCACCUUGGCCAGAACUCUAUUGAGUUGUACCGGGAGUCAUAUCAAUCUCUCACCUACCCUGACAAGGAAUGGCAGGAGGGUGUGUGGGACAGAAAGACCAUGCCUCUGUCCAACUUCAUAGGGUUUCUCGAGUCUUUCUCCUUUUACCAGACUAUGCUGAGGGAGGACCCAGAGAAAGCCACCAGACUCUCCCAGGACUUCUGUCAAAGGCUGAUGACUGAAAUGAGGGUGACCUCUGCAGAUACAGAGGUGGUGGUGGCUGUCAAGUAUUACUACCUCCUGGCCUGCAAACCACAGGACGCCUGAGUCCUGCCACUUCCUCUGUCCUGGACAAAGUCAUGGAGCUGGUUCAGGACACACAAACUCAUGCUACUUUUCUGUGUGCACACGUUUCUCUGUGACGUCUGAGAUGUAGCACUAGUUAGUGUCUCAGUUAGUGUAGUAUUAAAAAGUAUUUACUUUUAAAACUACAUUUAUAUCUAACAGUCUUAGCUUAGCUUAGACUUGGUGAGGUUCAGAUGAAAUAAUAUUGGCAGAUCGUAUCCUGUGCAUGUUUACUUUGCAGACAUGACACUGAUAAUUCUAUGUUUUAAUUGAUACCUUUUUCCCAUCACAUCUAUUGCUGUUAAACCCAUAAAUAAUAAACGUUUUAAACAUUUUUAAACAAACGGGUGCCAUGACUGCAUCUGAAUGUCUUUGCAUCAAAACAUUUAUUGUGACAUACACUGAAACAUGCA